AUGGCACCACAACCUAAGACAACCGCUAAGGGUGGGAGUGGUACACCUUACCAGCUCAAUCUGAACCAGGUUUCCAAAGCUACAGAGUCUCUUCUCGCUCAUAUUCAAGCAACGCAAAAAUCUAAAUUGGGUGAAGAAAAGUCAACAUUGCUCGACGAAGAUCCCCUCGAAGAUUCUCCAAUAUGGUUUCAACUCACAACCAAAUUACACAUCACUGCUAACAAGCGACUCAAACCCAUAAAAAUAUCCUUGCCUCACCCACUUCACACGCAUGCUAAUUCUUCUAUUUGCUUGAUAACCGCGGAUCCACAAAGAGCAGUUAAGGAUCUUAUUUCACACCCUUCGUUUCCCACUGCUCUUUCAGGUCGUAUAACCAGAGUUGUUGGCCUCCAUAAAUUAAAAUCGAAAUGGUCACAAUACGAAGCGCAAAGAAAACUUUAUGCUGAACAUGACAUCUUCCUUGCCGACGAUCGUGUGGUAACAGCACUUCCCGCGAUUCUCGGCAAAACCUUCUACAAAAGUACAGCAAAACGACCCAUACCAAUAGCUAUUCAACAACAAACUCCGAAAGUUGGCGGCGUACGAGUAAAAAAAGUCAAGGGUGAUCCGCCGCGUGAACUUGCCAACGUUACUGCUGUGGUAAAGGAGAUAGAGAAGGCGCUAGGAAGUGCCGCUGUCUAUCUAAGUCCUAGUACGAUAACUGCCGUUAGAAUAGGCUUUGCAAACUGGAGUGCGGAUAAAUUACAGGAAAAUAUCAAAGCAGUCACCGAUACAUUGAUCGAAGGCGUCGUUGCAAAGAAAUGGAGAGGUGUGAAGAGUUUGCACAUUAAGGGAGCAGAAACAGCUAGUUUACCGAUUUGGCUAGCAGAAGAAAUUUGGACGGACGAAAAAGAUGUGAAGAAGGUAUAA